UGCAUUAGUCAGUCCCAAAAUGUCGUUCAAAACACAGGUGAUUACGUUCGCGAUCAUCGUCGCAGCCUCCUUGGUUGAGUGUGCCCUAGGCCUCUACUGUAGCGCUUGCUUCUCCGGCCAGAGCUAUGCCGACUGCGCCAGAACGUCCAGCCACGUGGCCUGCACGCCCUCGCUGGUGGUCCAAACCCACACCAACCUGCUGCAGUACAACCCGACGCUGAAGGCGCCGGGACCGAUGCCGAACAACUUCUACUGCUUCCAGCUGAACUUUACCUACCCACUGAACGGCGCCCGUCACUUCCAGAUGGGCUGCACCAACAAUACGCACUUUUGUGACAGCUGGUCAACCCGGCGCAACUGCACGGUGCUGGGCGUGACGCUCGGCCCGCACGGAGGUAAAGUGGUGACCAUAAAUCCGGCCGGUCCAGCGCCGAUCGGCGUUACGCCGAUCAACCCGAUCGGCGGUGGUCCGGCCGUCGUCGUUACAGCUCCGACCUUUACCACCACUACAACAGGUUCGGUGCGGAAGGGCUCCCGACGGAACGGCGCCAGCCACGUCGCAGUAGGCGGUGUCUUGGUGGCGGUAGCACUCUCGCUGCACUUCCUGACCCGGCGAAGCCUGCUGUGAUGGCACAGCUCUACCGAAAACGUGAAACCGUAGUGUUUACCUUAAAAAAAAUCUAG